AUGGAAAUCACUAGUGACGACGAGGGAAGGAUUAGGGACGAGAUCCAUGCUGACAGCGGAGGAGACGUCGAUAGCAAGAAGGGUUGCGACCUCUUGGGCCAUGUGAGCAUCGAUGCAGAGAGCUUUGGAGGAGUUGGAAAGGAAGGAUUGGGAUUUGUGAUCGGAGAAGAAGAGAAAGAAGAUGCGGACCUUGUGAUCCCAAUCGCCAGUGGCAAAAUGUCUUCAAGUCCAUAUGUUGGUGAAACUGAUGGUUCUCAUAUAAAUAUUUAUGAGGAGGUCCAGGAGGAUGAUGAUUUGGAGGAAAUGCCUCAUCCUGGAGAGCCAACAACAACAAAAAAAAAGUGUCUCAUAAAAGAAGGUUUACUUCAGCAGUGUUUUGAUCUUCUACUAGAGCAAUCAGAUAAGAAGAAGAGAUGCAAAUGCAAACAUUGUGGAGUAACCUACAUUACUGACUCAAAAUAUGGAUCAGGAAACAUGAAGCGACACAUCUCCACUUGUGUUAGAAAAGAUAUCCGUGAUGUAGGUCAGUUACUAAUUAGCUCUGGAUCUAUGUCUUUAUCUGGUAAUAAGUUUGAUGCUAAAACCUUCAGAGAUUUGUUAACGGGUGCCAUUAUUAUGCAUGAUCUAUCUUUUCAAUUUUUGGAGUUUGAAGGAAUUAGAGCUGUUUUGACAUAUUUGAAGCUUGAUUUGAAUAUUGUUACCAGAAAUACUUGUAAGGCUGAUUGUCUAAAGAUGUUUAAAAGGGAAAAUCAGAAUAUUAAAAAUAUGCUAGCGGUGUCACCUGGAAGGAUUUGUUUAACUUCAGAUUGUUGGUCGUAUUUAACUACUGAUGGUUACAUAUGUUUGACUGCUCACUUUCUUGAUAAGGAUUGGACUCAAUUACUUAACAAAAAUGGACUUGUAUAUGGUGGAAAGUAUUUUCAUAUGCGUUGUUGGGCUCAUAUUCUGAAUUUAGUGGUUCAAGAUGGACUGAAAUGCAUAGAUCUUUGUGUCACUAAAAUUCGUGAAUGUGUUAAGUAUGUGAAAGGCUCUCAAGUUAGGAAGCAAAAGUUUCUUGAAUGUGUUGCUCAUAGUUUUCUUGAUAGCAAGAAAGGAUUAAGGCAAGAUGUCACUACUCAAUGGAACUCAACUUACAUCAUGCUUGAAAGUGCAAUUUAUUAUCGUCGUGCAUUCAUGCAUUUAGAAUUGAGUGAUUCAAACUUCAAGCAUUGCCCCUCAAGAGAUGAAUGGGAGAAAGUGGAGAUAUUAAAAAAAAAAUUAGCUCUAUUUUAUGCCAUUACCAAUCUAUUCUCCGGUUCAAAGUAUCCAACUGCAAACAUGAAUUUUCCUUUAGUUGUGACCGCUUAUUUGAAAAUGAAAGACGAGGUGGAUGGCUUUGAUGAGUGCAUGAGUUCUAUGGUUGUUAUGAUGCUUGAAAAUUUUCAGAAAUAUUGGGAUGAUUUCAAUAAGUUACUAGUCAUGGCUGUAAUUAUGGAUCCUCGAUAUAAGUUUCAUUUUGUGGAUUGGAGCUAUAAAAAGAUAUAUGGUGUGGAGUUGGGAAAAGCUAAGGUGGAAGAAUUGUGA